CUUCAUUUGGUUUAAUUUUCUAUCAGGACAUUCCUGAAGUCUGUACUUUGGACUUUCAAUUGUAGUUUCAACAUUUUCACUAGAGCCUACAAGAGUUUGUCGCUUGAAUCUCAGCUAUGGAGCAGGAUCAGGCAAGUAGACAAGAAUUUCAGGUUGGGGCCUGAAACCCCCAGUCAUGUCACACCCACAAUACCUUCCCUCCUUGAGACGUGUAGCAGUAUGCGGGGGCACUCAUGGGAAUGAAAUGUCAGGUGUUUACCUAGUCAAGCACUGGCUACAGGAUCCAUCCGAGUUGCAGCGCAGCACCUUCCAGGUCACACCUUUUGUGGGCAACCCACGUGCAGUUGAGCAGUGUGUGCGCUACAUUGGGAGGGAUCUUAAUCGUACAUUUGCUCCAGCUUUUCUAAACACCAAGGCUUCAGAUUCAGACCUUUAUGAGAUUCAACGUGCUCAGGAGAUCAACCAGAUCUUUGGACCCAAGGGUUCAUCUCAAGCCUAUGACUUCAUGUUUGACCUACAUAACACCACAGCCAACAUGGGUUCCUGCCUCUUAGUGAACUCUGAAUCUAACCUGUUAUCCAUGCACAUGUGUAACUACAUCCAGAAACACUGCACAGUGAGACACUGUCCCAUCUUAUUCUGUCAACCACCCGGAGAGGAGGCUAAUUUCACCAUGUCAGUGGCUAAAAAUGGGCUAGCAUUAGAGCUGGGCCCCCAACCCCAAGGAGUGGCACGAGCUGACCAGCUUGCUAAAAUGCGAUCGAUUAUGGCCUGUGCUUUGGACUUCAUUGAACUUUUUAACAAAGGCACCUUGUUCCCAGCCUUUGAAAUUGAGGCAUACAAAGUGGUUAGACGUACCGACUUCCCCCGUUAUCCCAAUGGGGAGAUUUCUGCUGUAAUACAUCCAAAUCUACAGGAUAAAGAUUUCCAGCCCCUGAAGCCUGGGGACCCAGUUUUCCAGACUUUCGAUGGAGAGGAUAUUCUGGAUGAUAGUGAUGACACGUUCUUCCCAGUCUUCAUCAAUGAAGCAGCCUAUUAUGAGAAGAAGACGGCCUUUUGCAAGACAAAAAAGGGCACAUUUGCCCAACCAGCAAUACAGAAGGGAUUUUAAAUAUGAUGAUGUGGUUUAUAACUGAAGGCAACUGAAGUCUCUGUGUUUUGUAUAUUCUAAGAAUCAGUGAUCCUGGAGAAAAUGUAUCGAUGUGGUCACUAAGAAUCAGCACCAACUUGAUGGCACAUAAUCAAAGAAGCUAUGCAUGAUUUAAUCCAAGAAUCUACACCUUUGUAACAAACAAAGAACAAUAAUCACUCCUUAGUUUAUUGCUCAAUGCAAUUAUCUCCCAUGUUGGGGCAAUAGAGUAUGUGCUUCUCUAAAACAAUUAUAUCCCCUUGAGGUUUCAUUUGAGGAUUUUGAGCUAGACUGGUGCUUGCUCAACCUAUUUUCUAGGAUAACUUUUUGAUGCACAUGCAGCCAACCUGUUGUAUUGGAUGAGCCAGUGUGCUCCGGCAAAAAUAUUGUCUCUCAGAUCUAAAACAUCUAGGUCAGGGUCCCCAAACUCUUCAGCUCAUCAACCUCUUCAUGAAGUUUCAGUUUGUUCAUUGACCCCAAAACAUUUAUUAUAUGAAAAUAAUUUAAUAAAUACUACUUUAAUAAUAGUAAUAUGAAAAAUAACAACAACCGUAAUAGAUAAAUGAGACCAGUAACUACACACAGCUGAUAGAGACAACUCACCGCUGUCACUGAUGGCUGACCAUCCAACCCUGAGUAACAUUGUCUCGCUGCUAGCCACUUCACCUUCAGGACUAGGGACUGGCAUGGAGCUCUACAGAGACCCCAAAAGAUUGACCCCAACUGACCUCCCAUCAUUUAUCGACCACCUAUUGACCCCCAGCCAUUUACUGACUCCCCUUUGACCCCCAGCCAUUUAUCAACCCCUUGGAUAGUCCCAUCGACCCUUGAGGGUCAAUAUUGACCACUUUGGGGGACCCCGAUCUAGAUAAUCCUGUAUAAACUUCUCAGUGAGUUCUCAGAACUCACCAUUUUAUGUCAUGCCCCAUGCCUAACUGCACUGCAUCAACCCUUCUGCUUAGCAGGGAAGAUACAGGAACUUGACUUGUAGCACCAGGAAUGAGAGGGUCUUUCUGCAUAUUUCAGAGCUUUAGGGCACAGCCAGAUGACCCUGCUAAGGGCAAUCCACUACUCCUUGAGCAACAGAAAAGUAUCCUGGCAUAAAGGGUGCUGCCCCCAGUGGCCCCCUUUAUUCUGCCUCAGUAAUGAGCCUGGCAUGUGGGUCAGUCUUUGUAGUUUCCCCUGCAUGUGGGAAAAACAGCUACCAGUCAUGCUCCCUCCCUAUCAUGAUGUGGGGGGAGGCUGAGCAAGCAUAGGUGCUUUGAAUAAUAGGUUUGGCUACCUGUCAAGUUGUCCAACAAAUAUAUCCCAAACACAGAGAUGUUGUACCUGCUAGAUGAGCUUUUUCUGACCAUGGGCCUAAGCAUUAAAAAAAAAAAACGCACUAAACCCAUCAUCUCCAAAAAAACGCUGAGAA